AUGGGCCCUGAAAACUUCCUCCCCUUAGCCAUGACGGCAACAGCUGUGGGAGCUGUGCAAUAUAGCCUUCAGGGUGCUUCCAUUGAUGCCAGCCAGCCUUUCAGCGAGGCUUUUGUGAGCUAUUCUAUCGAGUUCUCGUCUUUCCCGGAUUUCGCUGGAAACGACUCAAACCCAAACAUGUUCUCUGACAACCUCUUGAACAACCUUGGCCAGCUUCAAGGCACAAAACCACAUGUCCGAGUUGGAGGAAACACUCAGGAUAUCUACCUUUACAAUGCAUCCCUGGCUUAUGGUCUCAAUGGCACCUUUGACUACUCCCGGUCAGCCGACUACCCCACUAUCAUAUAUAUCGGACCAUCGUAUUUUGAGUCGUACAACCAAUGGCCCGGCGUCAAGUUCACGCACGGCUUCAACCUGGGCCAGGGCGCCAACAAUUCAGCCGGUUGGCAGACCCUCGUCGAUACUGUCCCUCUGGUGUGCAAGGCGCUGGGUCCUGAAAAGCUUGACGUCUGGGAGUAUGGUAACGAGCCAGAUCUAUUUUCCACCGGAAAGCAGAAUCUGAUUCGCCCACCGGAUUGGAAUGAGACUACGUAUGUGAGCCAGUGGCUCAACGGAACCCGUGAAAUCCGUGCUCGUCUUCAGGAAGUCUGCCCGGAGCUGCUGGAGAACAACCUGUACGGGUACAUGGCUGCCUCGAUCGCCGGGUUUAACAAUACGCUGAAAGUCCCGAUUGUAUGGGACAGCGGCAUCAACCAAGACGGAACCAUCACGCUGUUUUCCACCCACAAUUACAUCAGUGGUGCCGAUUCACCCGGCGUCACCCUCCAAGGAACACUCAUGAACCACUCGAGGACAGUUGCUUCUGUUGACCCACACAUCGACGAGUACAACAGAGCCACGAAUAACACUGGUUCACCGCCUCUCAUCUUUGGUGAGACGAAUUCCCUCUUCCGACAGGGCAAGCCAGGCCUGUCGAACACUUUCGGUGCUGCACUGUGGGGUAUCGACUUCAAUCUUUACAGUGCCUCGGUUGGCUUCAAGCGAAUUCACAUGCACCAGGGGACCAAUUAUCGGUACGGCUUCUGGCAGCCCAUACAGACUGCCAAUGCAACCAUCGGCACUAAAGCGCCGUACUAUGGCAGCAUUGCUGUGGCCGCUUUCCUGGGAAACACUACUGAAACCCCUGUGAGCAUCGCUAAUGUGCCGCUCUCGACGGACACUGAAGCCAGCUACGCCGCGUACUCCUCUGACGGAGGCGAGCUGUUGCGAGCGAUCGUCAUCAAUAUGAACGCCUACAACACCACGAUCAACGGCACUGGCCUUGGUAUCAGCCCCAACACCACUGACCGCGUGUCACGGGCCUACACCUUCGAUGUCUCGGGCGGGAAUUUGAGUGCUGGAGACAAGGUCGCCGUCCAGAGGCUGUACGCGAACGGCAGUGACGCCAUCACGGGCAUCACGUGGGACGGGUGGAGCUACAAUUACGAGCUGGAUAACGGGAAGCCGGUUAGGCUGAGCAACGUGACGGUUGGCGAGUAUGUGGUGGUGGAUGAGAACGGGACGGUCGAGGUCAGUGUGCCCGACUCGAGUGCGGCGCUGCUGAGUCUCACAGGCAACGGCACAGUGCCUGGGUCUACGUAG